UUGAUGGUUUAGAAAUUAAUAUAUAUGAAAUGUAUACUAAUAUAAAAUGGAAGAAAAACCUUUAUGAAUUUACCGAUUUACCUGAUAAUUAUACAGACAGCACAUUUUUGACAGAAUUACGUAAAAAUGUAAAAUCGGAUUAUGUUUCUAGACUAGAAGCUAUUAAUUUAGGUGCUAGUAUAUCGAUUCGUUUAAGUAUUCCAGUUCUCUUUGUUAUCAUAUUUAUUUGGUUAUAUAAUGAAUGGACAACUCCAAAUGUCAUUAUUAUAUCUGAAAUAGUUUUAACCAUUUUUGGAUAUUUAUUUUAUAAUAUAAAAAUAUUAAAUAUGUCAAAGCGACUGUCAGAAGAUCUUAGAACAACUUUAAUUUUUCUUAUUUUUGGAUAUAUUUUAUCACCGGUUUUGCGUACAUUAACCGAAACCAUUAGUACUGACACAAUAUAUGCUAUGACUAUAUUAAUGUUUCUCACUCAUUUAAUAUUUAACAAAUAUGGUUCUACGGAAAUCUUUUUUUCUGAUUCUUUGUCUAUCAAUUCAUCUAUUUUCGGUUCAUUGAUGUUAGCAUCCAGACUUGCUUCUCCUUUACAUGCAUUUUCACUUUUAACUGUUUCGGUACAAUUUUUUGUAUUAUUUCCUAUAUUAUUGUCUCACAUAAAUAACAAAGUAAUUAUAUCAAUCGUAAUAACUAUAGGAACAGUUUAUUUGUUAUUACCUAUGUCUAAUGUAUGCUCCUAUGUUUUUAUCAUAGUUAUAGUAUUCAUUCAUUUCAUUUGUCCACUUUGGUAUAUUAGAUGUAAACAAUUUAAAAAUAACAUCUAUGGUCCUUGGGAUGAAGCAAUCAUCAUUUCCUAAUUGUUCUAAUAAUAUUAAUUUUGUAAAAUAAUAAAUAUUACUAUUGUCAUUGUUAUUAACAAUUUAUCGAAAAAAGAAAAACAUUUACCAAGUAAAACAAGUGUUUUUAUUCUUCUUUGUAUCACCUUUAU